CCUUUUCAAUUUUUUUUUUGUGCUUUCUUUCUUUCUUAUCUCUUUAGGCCCUCCCUGUUGGGUCGUUGGAGCCCGCGCCCGUCACGAGCGUCCUCUAUUAUUUUCUGAUGGGAAGAAGAACUGGAGGAAGUGGAAAAUCAAGCAAUCAAGCUCUAGCAUACCACCGCAAAAAGUUUAGAUUCUUCUUCUUCUUCUUCUUCUUCUUCUUCGUCUACUUCUACUUCUGUUUCUCCUUCUGUUCCUGAGGCUGGCUUGAGAACAAUCCCCUUCAGUUUUCCAUAUCUGGGCAGUAUUGAUCCUUUUAUUUUGUGGGUUUUGUUUUGUUGGAAAGAGUAAAGAUGAAGAGAGAACAUCAAAAGAGUAGCUGCGGCGGUAAUACUGGUCCUGGUGGUGGACCUUAUUCAAUGGGGGCUGGGAGGGAUAUGGGGAAGACGAAGAUGUGGGAUGACCCACAGCAGCAAGACGCCGGAGUGGAUGAACUUCUUGCCGUGUUGGGUUACAAGGUGAAGUCGUCGGACAUGGCGGAAGUAGCUCAGAAGCUUGAGCAGCUGGAGAUGGUAAUCGGUAGCGCUCAAGAGGAUGGCAUCUCCCAUCUGGCUUCCGAAACCGUUCAUUACAACCCUUCUGAUCUAAACACAUGGCUCGAAAGUAUGCUCUCUGAGCUAAACGCUCCACCCAAUUUCGAUCCAAACCCUGCGCAGCCGCCUUUGCCCCAACCCACUGAUGAUCCUCUCCUAGCUCCGGCUGAGUCUUCCACUAUAACCUCAGUUAAUUUCUCCAAUUCCACGCAGCAACAUCGACACCAUCAUCAACCGCAAGCUCCAAUCUACGAUGAUCCUUCGGAUUAUGAUCUCAGAGCAAUUCCCGGAGGGGCCAUCUACGCACAGACGGAAGCAUCCUCGGCUCCCAGAGGGAACAAACGGAUGAAACCUACUUCCACCACAUCUACUUCGUCUGCGUCCGCAACCGCAUCUUCAUCGUCUGCCGCCACCGCUGCCCCUCCCCCUCCUCUUCCUCCUGUGGCGGUAGAAGCAGCAGGGGCUGGGCCGGUCGUACUAAUGGCCUCUCAGGAGAACGGGAUCCGACUGGUCCAUACCUUGAUGGCCUGCGCGGAUGCGGUUCAACAGGAUAACUUCAAGCUAGCAGAGGCACUGGUCCAACAGAUAGGGAUGCUGGCUCGGUCACAGGCAGGCGCCAUGAGAAAGGUGGCUACAUACUUCGCAGAAGCCCUGGCUCGUCGAAUUUACCGUUUGUAUCCUCAGGAAAGCUUGGAAUCGUCAAUCUCAGACAUCCUCCAGAUGCACUUCUACGAAACCUGUCCGUACCUAAAAUUCGCUCAUUUCACGGCCAACCAAGCCAUCCUGGAGGCCUUUGCCGGAAAAAGCAGAGUUCACGUCAUCGAUUUCAGUAUGAAACAAGGGAUGCAGUGGCCGGCACUGAUGCAGGCAUUGGCACUUCGACCGGGCGGUCCACCAACGUUUCGAUUGACCGGAAUCGGCCCACCUCAGCCUGACAACAACGAUGCGUUACAGCAAGUGGGGUGGAAGCUGGCGCAACUAGCGGAAACCAUUCACGUCAAAUUCGAGUACAGAGGGUUCGUAGUGAACAGUUUGGGAGACCUUGACCCAUCAGUGCUAGACCUGAGGCCGAGCGAGGUGGAAGCGGUGGCUGUGAAUUCAGUUUUUGAGCUUCACAGGCUACUGGGAAGGCCGGGAGCGAUGGAGAAAGUGUUGACGUCGAUUAAAGAGAUGAAGCCUCGGAUCGUGACGAUCGUUGAACAGGAGGCGAACCACAACGGACCGGUGUUCUUGGACCGGUUCACCGAAGCUCUUCAUUAUUACUCCACCUUGUUUGACUCCUUAGAAGGGUGUGGGAUAUCGCCGCCAAACACACAGGACCUUUUGAUGUCGGAAAUGUAUUUGGGGCGGCAGAUCUGCAACGUGGUGGCUUGCGAAGGGCCGGAUCGGGUGGAGCGUCAUGAGACGUUGACUCAGUGGCGUACUAGAAUGGGAUCGGCUGGGUUUUCUCCGGUUCAUCUCGGUUCCAAUGCGUUCAAACAGGCCAGUAUGUUGUUGGCUCUUUUUGCUGGUGGGGACGGGUACAGAGUGGAUGAAAACAAUGGAUGUCUUAUGCUAGGCUGGCAUACUCGUCCACUUAUAGCCACAUCAGCUUGGCAACUCGACACCCCUUUGAGUUAGUUCGGUUGAGUCAACUCGGCUCCAUCCAACUCCAAACCCUGAAACUGAAAAGUAAAAGGUCCGAAACUCUGUUUCUAAGCUUAUUAUAACCUUUUGAUGGUUAUUUCUUUCAAUCUAUUUGUUUUUUGAAUGCUCCCGUGUAACACGUGUGAGGCUGAGCGAGUCGGACCAAUUUAACCCAAUCAAGUGCCCUAUUUUAAUCGCUGAGUUGGGCGUGUGAGACUGAGACCAACCCGCACCCACCCCUAGAACUACUACUACUCCAAGUGUCUCCAACCUUUUUUUUUAUUUAUUUUAUUUUUCUUGUAUCUCAACGGUGAAGAAUGAAUGCCAAUGUGUAUUUUAUGAA